GUGCUGAUGUUGUUUUUGUUGCCCUGCCCGCUUCCUGGUUGCAAAAAUCAUGUGAUAAUGUGACUUUAGUUUCACGCAUCACUUUUGCGCUACGUGACAACAUUUACCAGCAGCAAAACUCCCGAAUUCACGGCGGAAUCUUGUCGUUUACGGUAUGGCUGACGGGGAAAGAUCGCCGUUGCUGUCGGACAGUCGCGAUGUAAUCAACGGGCUGUCAACGGGAGAUGAAACCUACAGACCGCAGACCAAACCACAAAGUUUUCCAGCGUUUCCAUCAGCGCCGGCCAUGCCCUCAAUGAUGUUGGGAGAGGCUCCUCCACCGUACUCCCCGCUGGGCUCUCCAGAGAGUGAUAGCGCUCAUGUCAUCAGCUGCAGAGUGUGUCAGUCGCCUAUUAGCGUAGAGGGCAAGAUCCACCAGCAUGUGGUCAAAUGUGACGUCUGCAAUGAAGCUACACCCAUAAAGAAUGCUCCGGCAGGAAAGAAAUAUGUGCGAUGUCCAUGUAACUGUCUUCUUAUCUGCAAAGUGACGUCACAGAGGAUUGCCUGUCCCCGUCUUUACUGUAAGCGCGUUAUUAAUUUACAUCCAGUACAUCCUGGGCCAGUGAGUCCGAACCCUCAGCCCAGUGGUGCCAGAGUUUCAUGUGGCCACUGUGGAGAAACAUUUCUGUGGACAGAGUUUACAGAUCGGACAUUGGUACGCUGUCCACACUGCAAAAAAGUCUCAUCAAUUGGCCAGAGGUACCCUAGAAAGCGGAGUCUGAUAUGUUUCCUCUUGUGUUUGAUCUUCACCAUAGCAACAGCAGGACUGAUGGCCGGUACGUGGUGGAAGGCACGCCACUUUAAGGGGAUUUAUGCAUCCUGGGUGUUCCUCCUUGUCCUGGUUCUGAUCACUUUGGUCAGAGCUUUGUACUGGGCCUGCAUGAAGAUCAGUGAACCACUGCACAACUACUCGUAGAAGAGAGACCGAAGAGGAGGUACUGUAGAAGUGAAACGUAAGAGCCAAUAGUCCAAGUAAAGGGAUGGACAGAACAAAGCUUUUUACAGAGAGACUUGAGACUGAUGUUUUGUUUACAUGGGUAAAGCUCAUAGAACAUUUCCAAGCCAUAUUCGACCCCACAAAUGAAAAAAGGAACUGGGAAAAUAUGAAAUAUUAGUGGUGAAAUGUGACCUGGACAUCUUUUUGUGAGAUUCACCACAUGGGGUUUGUCGCUAUGUUAUGUUUUCUGUGCAUUGCACCAUGCUUGAACUAAACAUCUUCUCUAAUCUGAUAUCCACUUCCAAAACAGGGCACACAAUUUAGAAAUAUACACAGAAAGAAAUACAAGCAAGCCACUUUUGGAAGCAAAAUGUGAUCCUUAUGAUAUAAAAAUGAGUUUUUAUUGUGCUGUUACUGUAUAAAAUACUCUGGAAGCAUUACAGAAAUAUACAUGCAGGUGAACGCAUUGCUGUCAGGCUACGUGCCUGCGUGACCGCGUCCUUUAAUUUUAUACCCAGUAAAGCAUAACUUGCGAAGCUUCAAGUUUUUUUAAUUUCUCUGUAUUAUGAAGAUGUUGUCACUUCUAGCUUUACCAAACUAGGUUUCUUUGUUCUGGCAAAUUACAUAAGAGCAAGUAAGAACAAAUUAAAGGAAGUGAACAUGCCACACAAGCAUUUAGAAGAAAAGAGGAUGAUGACAAAAGCAUUAUUUUUUACAACAGAUAAAUAUGUAAAUAUAUAGGACCAAACUGCUGUAAUCCACAUUAUAGAAUAUUUUGAACAAUGUGGCACUUUAAUGUCACAUUAUUGAAAUGUGCUUUACAUGAAUAAUAGCCAGUAAGGACGUCAAUUAUUCCUUCAAAUAAUUGAAGCAAUUAUUUUCCUCUUACCAACAUUAACCGUAUCUUACUAUGUCUACACUCUCAAAAAUAGGGUAUCAACCACAUUUUGUUAACUAAAAUAUCUCUAAAUAUCCAGCUAUUUCCAAGAAUUUAUAAACAUUCUGGAGAUUUCCUAAUAAACUGUUUCUAAAGGUUGAUGUCAAUGCCUAUGUUUUGUACUGUGGUUGUAUAUCAGCAAUAAAAUGUUCCGUAUCUGCUACUGAGAACUACACCUGCAGCAUUACCCAGUAGAGUAAAAUAGAUAUUUUAAUAGUGAUAUUUAGUAAAUUAUUAAAAAAUCUAUGUAUCAAUCGAUGUUAAUGUACUGUAUGAUGAUCUUAAUUCGAACUGGAAAGAGUUUAUAUAAACACAUGCACCAUGCAUAUAAUUCAUGAACGCAGAUAGAAUAGAACAUUCACCUACUCUAUGAAAAGCAGGAUGUUUAUUUUUGAAUAAGUUUAUGAAUUGUUUACAUGGCUGUGCACUUUAUUUAUACUGUGCAUUUAUUUGUUUAAUUUGCACUCUACGUUUUGUUAAAAAUGUUAGAUUGUUGCACUACAUUUUAGCUAUAUCGCUGAUAGAUACUACCCAUGUCGUGAUUUUGUUGUGGAUUGUUUUUGUACAUUCCGUUGCGACUAAAAUGUUUGCUAUUUCUGA